CACAAUCUGAACACAAGUGUUAGUCAGGAGUAAAAAAGGUACUCAGGACAAAAUUUAUCAAAAAGUUUCAAACUUUAAUCAAAGUACUUUAAGUUAAAGUAGACCAAGAAUGCUUUUGGUGCAAUAAGUACUCAAAGCAAGUAUAAUCACAACAAGUACAAAAAUCACUGCCCUUUUGAGGCUAACUGUUUCAUGUUUAGUUCCAGGUUCGCGAUAAAUGUAAGUAUUUUCUUGCAUUUAUUUCCACCUGCAACGUGCUUCACCCCAUGUUCUUUUUCUCCCUACGAAAUUGUUGACCAAAAUUUGUUUAACAUGGAAAUUUGAUCUAAAGCAUUGGGGGAUCCUGGAAACAGCCUUGUCUCAUCCACCAAGCAAAAAGCCUAUUUUGUGAGAUUAGUUCGUUAAAGCUGCACAAAAGAGGGAAUUUUCUAACAGGAAGUAUGUUCUAGUUAGGUGUAGGGUAAUUGCCUCUAGAGAAAGCGUGUAAAAUAUUUGUCCGGGCACUUGUAAUGUUUUGUAGUCUAUUCUACAUGCUUAUCUUCGGCAUCUUAAACAACGCAUUUAUUUUUUUUGGCAUGAAGUCUUCAAAAUUAUUGAUCGUAAAUGUGACCAGAUUUUAAUUCCACACCGGCGAGACUCUAAUUUAUGGACGAGCCAAUCAGAGGCGUUUUGGAGAUUUCAAGGUUACGUCGCUUAGUGCUAACGUACGUUCGGUUCACAGGGGAUUUUAUACAAAACAUGAUAAAUAAAAUGGCGAGACUACAAUUUGUGAACGAAUCAAUCAGGUAUAAGAUAAUAAAUCUCGGGUUUUAACGCGAAAGCCUUUCAUCCAUUUGGCUAAAUAAAUUUCUGGCAUUAUAGCUGAUGUCAUUUCGUGAUGAAAACCUCACAUAUAAUUCCUGAGGUAAAUUAGGGAAAUUAUCGCGAACUGGAUAAUGAAAGCACCAGUAACACCGGCUGCAGCCAGGUACUGCAAUAUGUACGGAUGUUUGGAUAGCGUACAGACUCCUGCACAGGCCUGGUUAUGUGCAUCGUGUCUAUAUCCAAAAGUAGCACUUUGUGCACUCAACAACCAGAGUGCACAUAAAAAAUAUUGAAGCUAUGUGGUCGAGGCUGAAAGAGUUUUUGAGACUUUAUCAUGGCUCCAGAGGUCGAGUAGUCUGUAGUCGUAAGAAUCUAAAAGAAGCAUGUUGAGCAUGUACUUAAAAACCGGUCUGCAGCAAUGCAUAGCUUGACAACCGCCUAUGAGCUUGAAGUGCUCAUUGACUACUUCACUUAUCGUGAGUGUCAUCACUGCUUGUGGGUUUGUGCCAGAAGAAAUCUUCAUGCGGAUUCAAAAAACUCUGCUAAUGUUUAAUAAUCAGUGUUAAUGGUAUUGCAGCCAGGACACCUGUUUGUUCAAUUAGUUCAUCCCUGUUGGCCGAACUAAACACUGGUAUAUAUCAGUUCUGAUGCAAUAUUUUGUAUUUUGAAGGAUAAAAACGCAUCCCAAACACUUAAAUGGUUACUCAAAACAUUCGAAAACUGCACUUUCUCAAGCUUUUUACUAGACAAAGCUAAUUCAUCUGUGUAUUCUAAGUUGGUGAUUGAGUUUCCAGGUAAGGGAUCGGUUCCAGGAGAUCAGUCAUUUGUAACCUAGAUCCUGAGACAUGUGCAUCGGCUGAAGGAAUCAUGCCACUUUAGCACAGCGAGAUAAAAUUGCCAAGUAAAAUCCUAGAGUAGUAGAGGUUGUAACACUAUCAGUAGUAACAUAAAAGGUUAGACAAAGACAAUAUGAUUCGAGAAAAGGGAUUUGAACACUAAAAACUGCAAGACUUUGUUGAAACGCAGGGCCUAGGGAAAGAGAGUGAACGCAUGUACGCAUCAGUGGCUUUGUAGUAUUUAGUACUAUUUCAAGUCCACGUAGAUUGUUUCAGCUUUUGGACAUUAUAUACUCAUAUACCUUGUCAGUUGUUUAGUUGUAACCUUGACUGCCUUUAUAUGAGCGUAUCUGUUCGUGUUUUUCUUAUCAUAUACUCUGUUUGUCACAUGUCUUCAGUUUUUUCUAACUAUAAAUGAUGAGUCAUGCUCGAUCAAAUCGAAUAGGCUGAGAAUCCUUUCUCCAUGUUGCACUUACCGUCUGUCUGCGUAAAUAAAACAAAUUCUUAUUAAAUUUGUAUUUAGCUUUUAACACAACCGUUGCCCAACAGGGUUAACCUAAGUCUGGUAUACAAUAAUAAAUAUUUAUAUUUCGUGGUUCAUUCAUUGUAAUUCAUAAUAAAGUUAGAGCGCUGACACAACCUAUUCUAAGUCAUGUCACUUAACGUUUCCAAUCUUUGGUUUCGAUAAUCGCGCGGAGUCCAAACUAUCUGUACGCAAAAACUUAACUCCGUCCAACGAUCAGUGGUUUUAUGAUCUAGUGCCACGUUUUGUUUAAGUUGCCUCCAAUCUUGUUUCAACUGACUCCUACAUCAGCAAACGUUCUUCGUUGAGGUAGGCAGUGGUUUAACAUACGAAUGCUACCUCAACGAAGCCAAUCUCAUCCACCAAUUAGCUAUCCCUACCUAGUACCCUCUAAAUUCCUAAUUACGUGGUCCCAACAAACAUGGACAGCACUUCAGAGGAUAUGUUUCAAAACAAAAAAGUGGAACGGCGGGUACUGCUGUUUAGCGAACUCGGCCUUUGGUUGGCUGACGGUAAUAUUGCCUACUUCUCAAGUUGGCGGGAGUCAACUUAAGUCUUUGAAUUUUACCGUGAUUCCAUCAAAUACCGAUCAUACAGGGGUGACAGAACUUCUCAGAUAAGUGAAGUGGUCUAAGAAUGCAACUACUUCUCUGUCAUUAGUUAGGGUUUUGUUACAUUUUAUCUGAAUAACUGUUCUGGCCUUGUGGGAUAUUAUUAACCCUAACCCAUUGGGUGUUACAGGUCUGUGCCUCCCCCCCUUGAUCCAUACAAUCAGUGUCAGGGCUAGUAAAACUACCAGGUUGCAAAGUUCGGACCUGUGGCUUAGUGACUAAAAGUCAAACAUGUAUACCACUGAACCACCGUCCUGAAAGUGUUCAUCAGUAUACCAAGCUAUCUGUGUCAUUGCACCUUAAAUACAUACAAUUGGUGCUUCCUAGGAGAAGUAAAUUUUAUUUGGUUUAUUUACGCAUUCAAUGACCUCGUUCGUGCUGUUAUUCAAUAACUUUCCUCUUGUUUCCUCAUAUGAUUUGUUUUGUGUAUUCCAAUGGUUUCUUACUGGCGAUUUUUGAAUUACACAUAAGCAAAUAAAAUCCACGCUUUCCACGCCAGUCUGAUUACCUCUUAAAUCACUAAUCGACGAAUUCCGUCUUUCAGAUAAUUUUGUCAUAAUUUUCAAUACUAAAUCUUAUUUUUCAGAUUUUGGAAGUAUGACUGGUUCACUCCAAAAAAAGUUAAAUACACACUGGGCGAGGUCUGUUCCUGAUAAACGACUUGCAAUUCAGUUACUUCGAGUCACUCCAUUUAUUUUUACGGCAAGUCGAUCAACUAUGGGUAGCCUUCUUUGCUGUGACGUAGAGGAGCCUUUCGCUGUACUGUCUACAUCUAAUCAAUAUCCUAGGAUCUAUGAUGGUAACUUAUGGAUUAGCGCGAAAUUCAUGUCCUAUGUACGCGACCCUUUACCCAAGUGCAGUCGCCGUAUACGCGUUAUCGAAACAUGCUUUUGGUUAAUUAGAAUUUUGAGCUAUUCUGUUCAGUACCUUGAAGAGAAGAAGGAGCACUUUGCUUUUAUUGAAUCUUUUUCAAUUAUCCAGGAAUUUCAUACCAAUGUAACAGUUUUCUCUCAGAUGAUUGGAGUGACUGAAGCUAUCGGCGACACGAAUAAAAACCCUAUUCUUCCACGUUUACCAGUGCGGAAAAAAGCCAUGUCCAAAAAGAAACGUGUUGGUGUUAAUAAAAAUAAAUGUGACUUUCUCGGACCAUGCUCUAAUAUACCUCCGACAGAAGAUCCUCCCCAACAAUACUCUCCUUUAAGAACGUCGUUUAUUGUUGAUAGCUUGCCUGGUGUUUUCGCUGUUGACAAACCAACAAAUUAUGUGGUCACAAAUUCCUCAACAGUUAUUGAAAAUAAAGAAAAUACCCCAAUCACAGAAGCUACAAUGAUGCAUUCAACCUCACCCUUUUCAAGAGACUCAUCACUUUUCAAAGAUCUCUUUGACAGCAACGACGAUUACUCUAUUGAACUUACAAAUCUCUCCAAUAAUUUUAUGACUAGUGAAAUAUUAACGCCUUCUGCUAAGUUAUCUCCAAACAAUAAUACAAAUAUAAUCACUUCCGCAGUAGCACAUUCUCAGGCGUCAGUUUCCGAGUCUCAAGACAAUAAAUCAUAUUCACCCAGUACUCAGUAUUUUUCUGUUCAGAAUGCAAGCGAUUUCUCAAAUCUGAAAACUUCGAUUUCUUCAGUUACGGAAAUUAACUCUGAUGGACAGAUAACCGACCCACUGCUUGAAUCAACCUGUGGGUUGUGCAAUAAAACUGAUUUAAAAAAUCACUCCAUUGUUUCUAAUACUGACGAACAAAAUAUGAAUGGUCAAAGUGUUGAUGUAACCAUAAACGCAACAUCGCCAACCCUUCAUAAGGAUCCAUCUAUUGUUAAUUGUGUACGGGACUCAGUUGUUCAGUUCGUUCAAGGAAUAAAGAGGAAAUUUUCGCCGAAGGGGACUUGGGUUAAACCACUAAUGGGUCGUAUUCUGAAGCCGAUUUCUGGGAAUGAACUACAGUCUGAUGCUAAGCGUCCACGAAAAUUCGUUUCAACUCAUUCUCCCACUGCUUUGACAUCUGCCAUUACUGUUUCAUCCCCUAUUAUAUCGAGUAUAUCGUUGACAGAUACUAAUAGUUCACUUGGAAAUCCGGGAUUUUCUUCAUACACACUUAAUAGAUCAAAAUCUUAUUCUUGUAAUCCUGUAAAUACUCCCAGUUCCCUGCCGAUAGUUCGUCUGAGAGAACGACAGCGUAAUCCACUGCAUAAAGUAGUUUCCUCCAGUAAUAGUAGCGCGAUUAGCGUUUGUGGUAUAGAUGUACUUGUGGCCAGUAGCAAAAUUCAACACGCGCACUUUGUUCUGCUUGAAACUCGUCAGCUGGAUAUACCUGCAUUCUACCAGUGUUGGUGUUCAAAUAAUGAUAUUGAUAUCCUGUGGAAUAAGUAACUCAAUGGAUGAUAACACUUUGGACGUUUGAUGCUAAAGGUAAUAGGUUUGAGUCCUGGCGUGUACAUCAACAUUUUCAUGUACGUAAAUCCAGCUAACGAGCUCCAAAUAGGACUGAACGCACGUCCUGAAUUUCACCGCUAGUCAGAAAUUCACCUAUUCUCUAAAUAUUUGUGAAAGGUGGCUAGACGGAGGCAGUCCGCACAUGAUACUCUUACAACGACUGAACACUUGUUAAUUGGUGUUUAAAUCUGACCUUAAAUCACACUCGGUUAACUUUCUAUGCAUUCUUAGGCUAAAUCUCGAUUUAUAGUUAACUUUAUUUCCACUUGAGAUAUUGAAAAGCCAAAUAUGAAAUUGGUUGGAAUUUAUUUUUUUACAGAAGCAUUAGCAGACCAAGUGUAUAUAAGUCAGACCAGAAUAGAAUAUAUGCAAAUUUAAAUAUGAGUGUAUAUGUGAAUUAUUUAUUUAGUAUAUCUACAACCAAUAAGAGAAUAUAUGAAAGGAGACACUGGAUAUGCACACAUUCACGCGUACAUUGGAAUAUACAUAACUGAUCAAAUAUCUGAGCUACAAAAAGCAAUUACUAGAAAUACAAUUACGUUUUUAUCUGCCCAUAGAAAGGUAGUUUUUAUGUUCAUAUAGUUUAAAAGAGUUUGCUACAAUACAUUUAUGUCAAUAAAAACUGAUCAAGAUUCAGUCAAGAUUAUCAACAAUGGAUUAAUUUGAAUCCUUCGUAGUAGCGUUUUUGUCAGACAGUGAGUGUAAAACUGCCUUAAGAGUGUACAAAGGAAAGUCUGUAAUAAUUCACUUGCUUAUUUUUUAUAGACGGGAGUGCAUUUUCUCUAGUGUCUGGAUUCCUUGUGUAUUCAGUAAUUUCAGUAAUUAAUCGCUUGUCCACAAUUACUCUACUAUCCAGAAACAAUGAAAUACUCUGAACAAUUAUUCCAUCGUAUUUCCUUUUUUUCAUCAGAUUUUCCUUAAUAUAUUUCGUUUUGAAACUGUAGAUUUUAAAAUCAACCUAUUCCACUGAAUCUCCGUCAUGCUCUGUAACUAAUAGUAUAAACAAACAAAAACCACUGAGUAACUGUGAACAAAGGAUUCUUAAAAGUUACAUUGAUUCAAUUAAUGAAAUUCGCCGAAUUCCAGUGAACGAAGACAAUUUUUCAGAAUUAAGGAAAUGUUUUAACUUGUAAAGAUAAUUAUUUUAUUUUAUAUCCUAAUUGAUAUUCUGUAUAUUUCCUAUUUAUUAUCUCUUCUUUUGAAAAGACUAUUUUUCUACCAGACAUAAAUAUAAAUGAUAACAGUAAUGAUUACUAAAGUAAUUAUCAUUGCUCAGACGUUUACUUGUGGUCUUUUGUAUUACAAAACUAGUAUAUGUGUGAUUGGGGAAUGGUAGUAGUGUUCAGACUAUCUUUUGUAUCUUCUCGUUGUUUUCAUGGUAAUACAUGGAAUCCUCAACACAUAUGGUCACAGAUUUAUCAAUGUCAAUUCUCCGAUGGUGAUUGAGUUCAACUAGUUACAAUCUUAGUGCGAACGUGGAAGCUACUUUUCUGGUCAAAAAGCAUAAAUUACAUCAAUUCGGCUGUUGAAUUAAACGCAGGACUACCAGAGUAGGAUCAUGUAAAUACAUCAUAUUUUCAAAUACAGCAGUAUGGUUUGAAUCUUCGAAUGAGUAAGGCUUAAAGAAGUGUAGAUAUUGACCUCUUACCAUUUUUAUACAACACUACAAGACUGAAUCAAUUUUAUGACCUGUUUCAACCCGAUAGUUUGUAGUGGCGAUUUGUAAGUAUUAGUCGUCGGUUAUUUCUAGAAUAUUGGAAUUUAUUCGUUCUUACAGUUAUUCUUGUACAAACUUAGCCAACUUUACUCCUUCCUGAUCUCAAUCUAUUCAUGUAACAAUGAGUGUGAUGCGAAUAAUUAUAUACUGUUUAAGAUCUUGUUGAGAAAUGGAUUUUGUUUUAAUAUUAGUGGGAAUCUAGUUGGUAUGACAAAACGAUUUGUAGGAAAAAUUUCUUUCACU